CGACAGCUUCACCGAUUGUGCCUCUCUGCCUCCUCCCGACCCGAUAACUUCCCUCGGCCCCCCGACGACUCUUCUCUGUCCGCUUGCCGAACCUCUCUAUUACUCUACUCUACUCUACUCUACUCUACUUACUCUAGACCUGCUUCGACGCAUUUAUCCUCACGUGAUCUGACAAAUACAGCCAAACAGUCCUCCUGCUCUCCUCUCGCUCUCACAGCACCCGCCCAACAGCAUGGCGAGCAGCGCGUCCUCGACUCGCUCGGCCGAUUACUAUCCUGCGCCUGAGUUUCCAGACCAGUCUGGCCCGUUGCCGGGAAAAGACAUCGUGCUGUGCUUUGACGGCACCGCGUCUAGAUUCGGACAUAGCAGGCCUUCGAAUGUUUUGAAACUGUAUCAGAUGCUGAGCCGCGAUUCUGAGCAGAUCAAUUACUACCAACCCGGCAUCGGAACCUACAUCGGCUCCGAAAGCGACGACUCCAUCUCGUCUAAAUACCGCUCCUUCCUUCUCGCCCUCGACUCUGUGAUCGCCUACUCCUUCGACGACCACAUCAUCGCCGGCUACCGCUUCCUCCUGCGCUACUUCUCCGCCGGCGACCGCAUCUGGCUCUUUGGCUUCAGCCGCGGCGCCUUCACCGCGCGCGUGCUCGCCUCCCUCGUCAGCUGCGUCGGCAUCCUCGACCGCGGCGGCGAGGAACUCGUCCCCUGCGCGUGGGAGAUUUACAAAAACUGGGAGGCGCACGGCACGCCUGAGGAUCCGCGCUGUCGGGCGACGGCGCUGGUCAACGACUUUAAGCGCAGUUUCGCGAGCCAAAUGCCGGAUGUGUAUUUCUUAGGUUUAUGGGACUCAAUCGACUCUGUUGGGCUGUUGAGGAACCGCAACUUUCUAAAGUCAGCUAGAGCAGCUACCCUGCAUCUCCGCCACGCGCUCAGCAUCGACGAGCGCAGAUCCACGUUCCGACACAGCUCGAUCGCGACUUUGAACCACAAAUCAUCCCGCCACUCCGAGGAUAAUUCUGGAUACUGGUUCCCGACCGAGGACGAGAACGAGAACGACGUCGUCGAGCGCUGGUUCCCCGGAAACCACGGCGACGUCGGCGGCGGAUGCUGGCCGCGCGAGGAUGAGCGCGGGUUGCCGCAGCUUGCGGACGUUAGUUUGCUGUGGAUGGUUUACGAGGCGCGCGCGCUAGGUCUCUCGUUUGCCGACGACGCGAUCGCCGCGCUUUCGAGCAGGAGUAGUAGUACCAGCACGCGGGACAUCAUCGCCGCAAAAGCACACGACAUGCUCUCGUUCACGCGAGAUAAAGGCAAAGGCCGCGCGACUGCGCUAAAGUGGUGGGCGAUCGAGCUCUUACCCUGGCCGUACGUCGUCGUGCAGCGCGACGGGCGGCAGCAGCGCAAGUGGGCGCCGAAUCUGGGGAGGAGGAGGAAGAUUCCUGGGAACGCGACGAUGCAUUGGGCGGUGAAGGUUAAGACGGAGGGGGAUGCGGGGUAUAGGCCGCGCAACGUGCCGGCGUCUGUGAGGUUUGAGGGGGUGAGUGGUGCUGUGUGAGCUUUGAAGGAGGGAGUGAUGAUGGGUGAGGGCAAGAUCUGUUUUCUGUCUGUUCUGGUUCUGUCUGCUUUUUAGACCUCUUCAGCGUUCAAGUGCUGUAGAGGAACUUGGUGUCGUUAUGUUUUUGCUUCUACGAUACCAGGCUUUGAUUAAUAAAUACAGUCAACUAUUACAAAAAAGACAU